CGGAAGUCACCUCUCCUCCACAGCGCGAGCCCGCGGAAAGCCGUGCGCGCGGUGCCUGAGUGCGGAGCUCCUGCGAUGACCGCCGGCGGCCGGGGGAAAAGAGCCCUUCCGUAGCGGGACUCGAACGCACAACCACUGGGACUGGAAUGCGCCUCUUCUCAGCAUGUCUUCUGAGAAACAGGCCUGCAUCGAGCUCACGGGCUGGACGCCGGAGGGUGCGGAAAAUGCCAGCAACACACCCCUGCUGCCCCCCGUGUGCAACCCGCUGUCAUACGACUACGUGUUGGUCUGCAAGAAUGUUGAGGACGAGGGCAACAAGACGCAGAAGAAGCAAACGGCUUUCAUAGACGCCCUGAAAAGUAAAGACUUUAAAGUGAUGAAAAUUGUGGACGAAAGCAAGGUGUUCUACGGGAUCCGAGCCCCAAAAGAGAUUUUUGAGAAGUACAGAUACCUGCUGAAGGUGUCCGAUGCCUGCAACUGGAGCUGUGAGCAGCAAGGAGAAGUUGUUCUGUCCACCAGAAUCAGGAUCGUUCACUUCAUCCUUGACCACACAUACAUCAAAGUGGAUUCAGAAGAAGAGAACCUGGACGAUCUCAUGAACAAGAAUGUGUUUGAAACCAAAUUCUGCUUGCAUGAGAAGAAGCAGCAGAAGGAACUGAGGAAGAGCUGGGCCCGCUGGUCAGCCUGCUUUCAGGGGCAGCCCAUCAAUGAAGUCAGGAGCUACUUUGGAGAGAAAAUUGCCCUUUACUACCUGUGGCUCGGCUGGUACACCUUCCUGCUGAUCCCGGCUGCAAUCCUGGGGAUCAUCGUCUUUCUCUACGGUUUGGCGUUCAUCAACACCAGCCCUCUCACAAUGGAGGUGUGCACAGCAGACACCAUCAUGUGCCCCCUCUGUGACGGGAAGUGCAGAGUGUGGAACCUGUCAGACACCUGUGCCUACGCCAAGGUGAACAUCCUGUUUGACAACGAGGGAACGGUGGCCUUCGCCAUGUUCAUGGCCGUGUGGGCCACUGUGUUCCUGGAGUUCUGGAAGAGGUGUCGUGCCAAGUACGUCUGCCAGUGGAAGGUCUACGACUGGUCUGAAGACGAGGAGGAGCUGAUUCUGGAGAUCGUGAACGACCCAGACUGCAAGCCCAAAAAGUACAGCCACUCGUACCUGAAAAGCACUCUGGUCCUCAUUCUGGUCACUCUCAUGCUAGUGCUCAUCAUUGGUCUGACCCAUGCCCUCGUGGUCUUCCGUGUGGUGGCCACCUUCCUGCUGUCCGGCAGCAAGUGGUCAUUGCUCAACGAGAACGCCAGCCUCGUCGCGGUCAUGUUGGGCGCCGUCGUCCACUACUUCACCCUCAACAUCAUGACUCGGGUCAACAGGAAGGUGGCCCUGAAGCUCUGCGAAAUUGAGGAGACGCGCUCAUUUGCCGCCACAGAAAGGAGCUUCACCGUCAAAAUGUUCACCUUCCAGUUCUUCACGCUCUUCUCCUCACUCAUCUACGUGGCCUUCUUCCUGGGCCGAAUAAACGGGCGUCCCGGGGACUACGUGCGCAUCGCAGGGAAGUGGAGGCUGGAGGAGUGUCACCCCAGUGGCUGCCUCACUGACCUCUUCAUCCAGAUGUCCAUCAUCAUGGUGCUGAAGCAGACGCUCAACAACAUCUUUGAGUUCACUGGACCCUGGCUAAAGAGGUAUGUGAAGAGGAAGACAACCCAGAAGCUGCAGAGGAAGUGCGGUCACUGCUACAAGAAGGAGUGCAAGGACACGGAGGAGGGCGCAGAGCUCUGCGAGAACUGCAAACUGCAGAACUGGCUCCGGAACUACCACCUCACCGACGUCAAUGCCUUCAGCCUCUUCGAAGAGUUCCUGGAAAUGGUGAUCCAGUUCAGCUUCACCACCAUCUUCGUCGCAGCUUUUCCGCUGGCGCCCUUCCUGGCCCUUGUCAACAACAUCUUUGAGAUCCGCCUGGACGCCAUCAAGAUGGUCAGCCUGGAGCGCAGGCUGGUGCCCAAGAAGACCAACAACAUCGGUGUCUGGACCAACGUGCUGGAGGCCAUUGGUGUGCUUGCAGUCAUUGCCAAUGGGCUCGUCAUCGGCAUAUCCUCUGACUUCAUCCCCCGUCUUGUGUAUCUGUAUCGCUAUGGCCCCUGUGCCAACGGGACAGUCACAGGGAUCAGCUGCAUGACCGGCUACAUCAACAACACCCUGUCCACGGUACGAGUGAACGACGAAGGCGUGAAAAAUGACUUCUCGGCCAACCAGCUGAUCACCCAUAACGGAUUUAACGUGACCCACUGCAGUUACAAAGACUACAGGGAUGACGAAGACUACAGCCUCACCUCGCAAUUCUGGCUCAUCCUGGCGGUGCGCUUCGCUUUCGUCAUCCUCUUCGAGCACGUUGUGGUCAUCUGCAAGUUCAUCGUCGCCUGGUUUGUCCCCGAUUGCCCCAUUCAAGUGAAGAACUACAGACUGGCGGACAAACUCAAAAGACUGAAAGAGGAGCUCAGCUUGUUCAAGGAGAGGAGCGAGCGCUGGGGGAGGUCUACAGAGGUGUGACAGCAAGGAGCAGAGGACAGGCCUGAGCUCCAGGAGAACGAGGAGAUGGACACUCGCACGGCCCAAUCCUCUUCCCACAAAUCCAAGCACUAUGCGAUCUCAGCCCACCCUCUUUAUGCGGAACUCGAGAGGUGGAGGGGGUCCACAUCCAGGCAGUGUUUCUGUCCUUCUGUUGAGCUCCAUCUCAGUGGUGAACAGCCACGGACGACGGUGCGCGAAAAGGCCCCUAUGAGACCUCUUCACUUUUUAAAAUAUAUAGUUCUUUUUUUUUUUUUUUUUAAAAAAAAAAAAAAAACAUGAGAUGUUUGGGGGUUAAAUAGGCCAUCGUUUUAAGGGCUGCAAGACACUUACUUGUGUCACUACAUAUGGUUGGUCAGAAGUACUUCACAUCGUCAGUAGGAGCUGGUGCCCCAGUGAUGUUCACAGCGACACUCUAAAAACCCGUUCCCAGCGGCAGCACCCCCCACCCCCCAGGCAAGGAGGCCCACUUUCUCCAAGGCCUGGUUGGGACACCUUGCUGCCGAAAGGAGCGGGACUCUCAGGGACGAGCAGUGGGUCAACGUAUCGUCAUCACCUUGCAGCUAGCAGCACAUGGGGAUUCCAGCCUGUGGCCCCUAAUCGUGCGGGUGGGUACGAGGAGAUGUGUGUCCCUAAUACAUCUGUUAUAGAGCACGCGUCUCUACGCACCCGCUUCCAGGGAUGAAGAGGGAAAAGAAUUGUUUUAGUAGGAAAGUAUAAGACGGGGGGAACCCGCAGUGCUCCUCAGCUGACAGCCCUUCUCCUCUCCCCUCCUCUACCGUAUCAGAAACUUUUACGGAUGUCCAGUUGCGCUGCAUGUCCCACCGUGCAGGGAAACGGCAAAGGUGCCAAUAUUUGGAAGGAGGACUCCACAGGGCCAAAAAUGUUUUCAUCUGUACUGUAUAUGUAAAUAAACAUCUAUGUAACCACCAUCCAUGAUACUGUACAUGUGAAGAGCUCCACUGUGUGCAAAGCUGGAGUUUCGCCCGUAUUUCCUACAACAAGAAUGUGACACUUUGAAACACAAAGUCUUGGCACUUCAGUAAGCUGAUGAACAAAUGAAAGUGAACAAAUGAGGAAGUGAGACUAUGAGGGCUACAUCAUCAUCGUUAUUAUUAUUGUCAUUAAUAAA